ACCGACCGCGGGCUCUGGGAAGCAAUGUCUGAAGAGUAUGCUGGGUUGGCAUAAUGAGACGAUCUUGUUCGCCAUCCUCCCCUUCCACUUCUACUACACCUUAUACCGACACAUCGAAGACGCUCAACCCAUAGACGCAGUUGUGUUUCUGCUGUACUUCAUCGGCGUAGCAAUUUGCUUCGCCUGCUCAGCCGGCUGUCAUGUAGUCUGGAACCACAGCCCACCAGUCGCAAGUCUAGGAAACCGUCUCGAUUUCUCCGACAUCGUAAUUCUCAUGUGGGGAGCCAGUCUUGCUUCCAUCCAUUUCGCCUUCAUCUGUGAUCCUUGGCUGAGAACUGUUCACUGGGCUCUGGUCUCGGCAAGUGCUGCUGGUUGCAUCGCGUUCACGUUGUAUCCGGUGUUUAUCAAGCCGGCGUUCCGGGUCGCGAGAGCAGGGAUGUACGCGAGCCUUGGGCUAUUCGCUGUGGUAUUUGCCAUGCAUGGAGUGUAUCUGUAUGGCUUUACGGUUCAGCGGAGGAGGCUAGCGUUGGAGUGGAUGGUCUUGAUGGCAUUGCUGAAUUUCAUGGGUGCAGCUUUCUAUGCAUUACGCAAGCCUGGUUUCCUUAUAGAUUCGACAUCUUGGGAGCAAGUCAUCAACUUUUCCAUGUGCUGGUUCUGGCUGCUGGAGGGUUGGCUAGCGCCUUUCUCGAGGUUAGAGGGCUGCAGCAUACGUGUCAAAAUGUCACAGUACUCUAGAGAAGAAGAU